AUGGCGCAGACAGGCAUUGGCGGUGGUUUCUUCCCUAAAGGGUCUGGUAAUAGGCGUAUACUGGAUGAUCUCAUGAGGGUGGCAGAGGGGGCAUUCUUGUAUCAUAGACAUCGUGGCAGGACAGGUGGGGUAGUUGACAGUAGAGGCAGAGUAGUCGACAGACGAGGUGGUGGACGUAGAGGAGGCGCUAGAGGCAGAGCAACAAUGAAAAGUGUUAAAAAACGCAAGACUGAUCAGUUAACUGAGUUACCUGAUUCUGUUAUAUCACAUAUCUUUUCCAUGUUAACUUUGAAGACUUUGUUGAAAACUAGUGCAUUAUCCAAACAAUGGUAUCCCGAAUGGGGAUUUAGGAAGGAUCUCAAUUUCGAUAUGCAUAACAUGUUCGACUAUAAAACAAUUCCAAAGUUACCAAAAACCCUUCCACUCUUGCGAAAGGUUCAAUCUCAAUUCGCCACAAAGUUGGAUGCUUUCAUGCUGAAAUAUCACGGUGACAAGAUCAGUUCGAUCCGAGUAAAUUUUCCGUUAUGUCAUGAUCAAACCGAUGUCAUUGAGAGAUUGAUUCACAAAGGAGUUCAUAAGGGUGUCAAUCGUAUUGAACUGCUCUUCCCAUGUAAAUUUGUUGAUUUUGAUGAUAGUGAUACUGAAAGUGAAAGUGAUAGUGAUAGUAGUGAUGAUGAAGAUACAAUGAAGCCAUACAAAUUUUUGUUUCCUUUCUUAUCUGACAAUGAUUCUCUGACAUAUCUACACCUACAGAACUGCCUCAUAGCAGCACCUAUGGAAUAUUUUGGAAUGAAGAAUUUGAGAACUCUUGUGCUGCAUCAAGUUCCUUUGAAGCAGAAUAUGCUUCAGGAUCUGUUUCUAAAUUGCAUUCAUCUUGAAAACUUCACUCUUAAUGAAUGUACCUUGAGAUCUGACCAAAAAAUAAUCAGUUCAACAUUGCUUCAUUUGAAGAUUAAGUGCGGGAAUAUUUGGAACCGGCGGAAUAUAGAUAUCAUUGCAUCAAAUCUCUCAUCCAUGGAAUAUUCUUCUAAUUUUCGGCCUUCUAAUUAUGGGUAUUCUGACCGUUUACACAUAGUGAACAUUAAGUCUCACAUGUUAUCCAAGUUUAGCUGCAGCAGUAGUAAAAUUUCUAAAUUUGUUGAUUUAUAUGAACUAAAAAAUGUGACUACAAUGGUGUUGGAAGGCCUCAACGAGUGUCUUCAAACUGAAGUCAUACCUCAUUUGUUUUCUAAAGAUCUCCGACUUGAAGAUGUCACCUUUAAGAACUGCUUGUUCAAUCGUGACUUGAAAAUUGUCAGUCCAAAGUUGCGUCAUUUGGGCAUAAUUAAUUGUUGCGAUAAGAGUCGCUAUUCUUAUAAGAUAUUGAUAAAUAUUGAUGCUUUGAAUCUCUCAUCCUUUGAAUAUAGAGGUUCCAAGGGCACAAUCUUUGUUAAUGCACCAAAGUUAUUGAAGGUUUUUUGGGAUGGAGGUGUGAGAAAGUACUAUAGUGUAUAUAACUUUGUUAGGAUUGCAAGAUUACAUCAUGUUGAGAAUUUGGCUAUGACAAGUCACCAUUCACAGAUACCCAAGUUAAUGAAGCAUCUGGUUCAAUUUCAAAAUCUUAGACAAUUGGAAUUAUUUAUUUCCGGAAAGGAUGAUCCUAAUAAAGACUACUUUUGGAUUUUGGAUAUUAUAAUGGCUUCUAAGUAUCUCCAAAAACUCUCUCUAACGGUUAAAAAAUCACACAUGGUUGGAUCUAAUAGGCGAAGAAGAGAAAAUGCAGGGGUUUUCCAUAAUGAUUUAAAAUAUGUGAAGUUAAAUGGCUGUGUUUGCUCUAGGAAUAUAUUGGAGUUAGCUAGUCACCUAUUGAGAAGUGCGAAAUCGCUUAAGCAAAUUACUUUUAGUUCUCGUGACGAUUUCUAUAUAGGUGCUGGAAGAUGGACUGAGGGCUUCAACCGUUGUUGUUGGUAUGAUCGGAAUCUUAUACAUGAGAUGCUUAAAGAUGAAGUAAAUGAAGAAUGUGAACUCAUAAUUUUGUAG